AUGCCCAUGAAAUUUAGCAGUUAUGAACAUUUUUAUAAAAAAACACAGCCAAUACAAUGUAUUUUAGUGACCGACGAUUUACUAGACGAAAUACUGACAAUGGACAACGUGACUGACAUAGAUGCAGAUGACGCCGAGAACAAGCAGUUUGAAACCACCGAUGGUGAUGGUGAAGGUGACGACGACGACGGUGGUGAUAAUGUGAGUAGCGAUUGUAAUGAGGAGGCCACUGAAUUCAAGAUUCUUGACGAUGUUGACGAUGUAAAAUCAGUUGAGGAGCCGUUAUCUUUGGAAGAUGGACAGAUGGAAGCCAUGGACAUUCCUUCAGCUCCCGACGACGACGUCAACAUUGCCAAAAAUGACCUUGACCUCACUGGCAACGUCACUUCCGACACCGACGAUAACAUCAACAACAACAACAACAAAAGUGAUGACGUCAUCAACACUGCUGACAACGUCACCAACGCUAGCAACAACAACAACAGCAACAACAACAACAGCAAUGAUCACCAUCUUGAGAUCGAGAUACAGAUCAACAAAAACCUGGAUGUUGAUUUUGAACUCAUAAAUGACCUUGACUCUAGCUCGGUUGAAGGUCAAGUAAAACCGGACAACAACAACGACAACAACAGCAACAACUCUAUCAAUGUUGUUGCUGGUGGAAAAAACGGUGAUGGGGACAAUAACUUGAAGAGGAAGCACGAUAGCAUAUCACCUAUAAUGUGGAGUAAUAAUAAUAAUAAUAAUGAUAAUAAUAAUAAUAAUAAUAAUAAUAAUAAUAAUAAUAAUAAUGGGGAUGUAGAGAUGAUGAUUGGUGAAGCCAUUCCAACCAUUGACAAUUCCACUGAUGCAAAAAAGCUCAAAGUUGAUAGCGCUUCUGAAAAAGAUCGUGAAUCGCGUCUGAAGUACAUCUUCCGUUCGGCUCGCUUCUUCCUCAUCAAAAGCAACAACCACGAGAAUGUCAGUCUGGCAAAAGCUCGAAACAUCUGGUCCACCCCACCCCAGAACGAGGCCAGACUCAACCAGGCAUUCAAACAAUGUGCGAAUGUUCUCCUAAUAUUCUCAGUACAAGAGAGUGGAAAGUUCCAAGGAUUUGCCCGUUUAGCUUCUGAGUCUGAUAAGUCCCACCCACCUGUUCGUUGGGUCCUCCCACCAGGUCUUGAGGCCAGGGUCUUCAGUUCUGUCUUUAAACUGGAUUGGAUAUCAAGGAAGGAACUCCACUUCACUGAUACCAUGCACCUGAAGAAUCCUUGGAACAUGAACAAGCCCGUCAAGGUCGGCAGAGAUGGACAGGAAAUCGAGCCGUCGGUGGGCGAGAUAUUGUGUCGCAUGUUUCCGCAAGACAGUCAGAUCGAUCUGCACAGAAUAGCGUCCCUAUCGAAGCACGCUCUCAGACGAGCCAACCAGCCACAGCAAGCGACUGCAGCGGCGGUUUCAACUACCACAGCAACAAACUCUACUACAGCUGCUCUCGGCUCUCAAGUUUUAGCUACGCCACCGGCAGCGGUUGCUGGUGGCGGUAGUGUUUUGGGUGAUUCAGCUAAGAGUCAGAUAGCUGGCGGCGUAGCUGGUGCCACUAGCAACUUAGCUACUUCAACUGCUACUGCUGCUAGAAAAGAUUAUCUGACUAGCAGCAGAGAUAGCUCUAGAAGAAGAACUGGUACAUCUUAUAUCAGUGGAAGAGACAGAAGUGAUAGAGAGAAAGGAGACGGAAUACCGGUUCGCUAUGGCGUAAGAAGAGAAACUUUGCUAAAUGGAUCUUACAGUGAUUACGUCAGAGAAUUCACCAGAACCCCAUCUCAAUAUGGCGGAUCAGUGACCUCCAGAAUGCCCCCGUCGAUGCCCUCCACCUACGCAUAUUUCCCCCCGCAGUAUGUGUACGACCCACAUUUGGCGGCCUACCCUAGCCCUGUUAUAGACUACUCGGCGGCAUAUCAGUACCCGGCCCAGGUGUAUCAGCCAAUACCGACGUUGUCAUCAUCUGUGGCCGCGGCUUCAUCUCUCUACGGUGGCUACCAUCAUCACCAACUACAGCAGCAACAGCAGAUGAGUAAAUCGUCAUCGUAUAGAGAUGAUUUCAGUGGUGUGCUGAUGAGAAGUUUUGUACUGGAGAAUGCUAAGUACAAGUUCAAUAAUGACGAAUUAUUCCAGAAGUUGGUCCGGAGCAACGAGAUUGGAGUACGGCACGUGAUGAUAAUGAACGGAGUCAAGGUGGAACUAGACUGCACAUUCAACAGCAUAGAUAUGAGAGGAGUUGGAAAAAUAAAGUUCUUUGGGGACGACGACGAUGAUGAUGAUGAUGAUGAGGACAAAAACAAUAAAAACAAUAAUAGUGAUGAAGAUGGUGAUGAUGGUGGUGAUGAUGAAAAAAAGUUGAAAAUUGCAAACGAUUAA